UUAACUUUGGCUUUGCCACAAGGCCAAGAGAAAGGGAAAAAAAGAGAGAAAAUGGCCUAAGAAGACGAGUCUUUAAUCUUUUACACACACACACACACACAGACACACAGACAGAGAGAAACCCGCCAGCUCUUCCCCCAUAUGCUUUCACUGCACCACCAGAAACAACAACUACAUCUCAACCGACCCUUUUAGCUGUAAACCCUUUCUCAAUCUCUAUGGGGAAGAAAACCCAUCUUCUUCUUUUUCCCAUUUCUCUCUGUUUCAGCUGUGAAUUUCGAUUCUAGUGUUUGAAAUAAACCACUGUUUGCUUUUCUUCUGUUGAGUCUGAGAUGUAUAUGCAGAUUUGUUUAUGUUUGUGUGUCUAAUUUGAAUGAGUUUGGGGCGGGUUUGAGUUUUGUCGCUGGGAUGAGUUCCAUUCGUGUAGCUUUUUCUUGUUUCUUUCUUGCAUGAGUAUCAGGAAAGGAAAAUGUAGCUGAAACAGUGAAACCCAUUAGACAAGAGGUUAGUUCUGUGUUCUCCAGCUAUAGAUCUCGUUCUUGCAUCGAUUGAUUUUAGCAAAUUUUGAGUGGAUUUAGAGUCUACAUUGGGAAGGGGAAGGGUUUAAGGAUUGAAGGGGGGGAGAUUGAUGAGAUUGAUGAUAUUGGUUAGAUUUGGCCACGCCCCAUGAGGAAUUUAAACUGGUUUAAGCCAAUUUCGAUUAAUGGGAAGCCUGGGAGGAGGCUCUCACUUGGAGAAUACCAACGGGCUGUGUCGUGGUCCAAGUAUUUGGUGUCAUCCGGAGCAGAGAUAAAAGGAGAGGGAGAAGAGGAAUGGAGUGCUGACAUGUCCCAGUUGUUCAUUGGCUUUAAAUUUGCUACUGGAAGGCACAGUAGGAUUUACAGAGGCGUGUAUAAGCAGAGGGAUGUUGCAAUUAAGCUGAUAAGCCAACCUGAGGAGGAUGAAAAUUUGGCUAACUUUCUUGAGAAUCAGUUCAUUUCAGAGGUGGCAUUGCUGUUUCGAUUGAGACAUCCCAAUAUCAUCACUUUCAUUGCAGCUUGCAAGAAACCUCCAGUGUUUUGUAUUAUCACGGAGUAUAUGACAGGGGGUUCAUUAAGAAAAUAUCUCCAUCAACAGGAGCCACAUUCCGUUCCACUAAACUUGGUUCUGAAACUAGCCCUCGAAAUCUCACGUGGGAUGCAGUACCUUCAUUCUCAGGGAAUUCUUCACAGAGAUCUCAAAUCAGAAAAUCUUUUACUUGGUGAAGAUAUGUGUGUUAAGGUAGCAGAUUUCGGUAUCUCGUGCUUAGAAUCUCAGUGUGGAAGUGCGAAGGGAUUCACUGGAACUUACCGCUGGAUGGCACCUGAAAUGAUCAAAGAAAAACACCACACUAAGAAAGUUGAUGUUUAUAGCUUUGGCAUUGUCUUAUGGGAGCUCUUAACUGCAUUGACACCAUUUGAUAACAUGACUCCUGAACAGGCAGCAUUUGCAGUCUGCCAGAAGAAUGCAAGACCACCCUUGCCUUCUGCAUGUCCGCAGGCAUUUCGUCAUCUGAUCCAGAGAUGCUGGUCGAAAAAUCCCGACAAGCGACCGCAUUUUGACGAGGUUGUUUCAAUUUUGGAAACUUAUGUGGAGUCUUACAAUGAAGAUCCAGAUUUUUUUUGUCAUUAUGUUCCCUCAUCUAGAUAUACUGCUUUGCAAUGCUUACCAAAAUGUAUUACCAAACAAUUAUCUACUUCCUUGAAGCCUAGGAAUUCUUCAUCCUCUUGAAUCCUGUAUAAUUGCCAAAUAUAGCAUCUUCUUAUCUCGCUUCAAGCCUUAGGGUAUUAUUAUUAAAUCAAGGUUGUGAAUUUUUGUGCCC